UGGUUCUGUGUGGAAUGCAUCGACCGUUUCCUGGGAAACGGGCAGGAAGUGACGGUAUUUGUGGGUGUAUGAAGCUCAGGGCAGUGCUUUGAAGAGAAGAUCGUAAUGCUAGAGUUUAGCUGUGAGGGAGAUCUAAUUAAAUACUUCUAAUUUCUAAUUUCUGCUGUGAAGAAUUAAUAAGCAGGACAAAUUAGACAGAAGUGCCACCCACUUUGGGACUUACAAUUAAGGACUGUCUGGCCUACAUUGGCACCAUAGGACGACCCUGCUUGUGCUAUUCAAUAUGGAGUUUCCUGACCUAGGGAAGCAUUGCUCUGAGACAACAUGCAAACAGCUUGAUUUCCUGCCUUUAAAGUGUGAUGCCUGUGAGCAAAUAUUCUGCAAAGAUCACAUCGCUUACGCACAGCACCAAUGCAGUUCAGCAUAUAAAAAGGAUGUCCAGGUUCCUGUUUGCCCCCUAUGCAAUACCCCAAUUCCAGUAACAAGAGGACAGACUCCUGAUGUUGUUGUUGGUGAACACAUUGAUCAGGACUGCAAGUCUGACCCAGCUAGGCAGAAGCGGAAGAUUUUCACUAACAAGUGUGCGAAGCCAGGCUGCCGACAGAAAGAGCUAAUGAAGGUGAUUUGUGAGGAUUGCCAUGGAAACUUCUGCCUCAAGCACAGACACCCACUUGAUCAUGACUGCAAGGGGAAGAGCGCUCCCAUUUCCAGGGCUGGUCAUGUGGCUUUGCUGAGAUCCCAGGCUUCCACUUCAAAGGCAUCAGCGUAUUCCAGUCAUGCAGCACCAAAACCAGCCAUACAGCCUCCUCUUAGCAGGACAAGUGUCCCCAGCGCUCAACCUCCUGCUGCUGCAUCUUUGCAAAAUGGGUUGACAGAGGAAGAGGCUCUCCAGAGGGCACUAGAAAUGUCACUUUCAGAAUCUGCUGGAGCUGCAGCACAGUCGGGCAACUCUCAAGAGGAAGAGGAUUUAGCUCUGGCACAAGCUCUCUCAGCAAGUGAGGAGGAAUACAGGCAACAGCAGGCGAUCCAAGGACAGAAUCGAAAUGCCAAACGGUCUAUGUGCAACAUUUCAUAGCUCAGGAGCCAAUGGAACGUAGACUGCAGCACAGACACGUCACCGACUAUUUCUACAGGCUACUCUGCUCUGUGGACACAGAGGGUCGUUUCCUCCUGCCAGCGCUGAUUGGAUCUCAAGGGAAGCAGCUACUCUGUUACGUUUGUGCAAACAAGUCAGCUGUAUAGUCUUGUAAUAAUAAAUCCUUUUCUGAUCUGCUGCGUUCCAGAAGCAGUAGGUUUGGUUCAUGAA